AUGUCGCGGAAUCAAAGCACCCCGCCCGCAAAGGACAAAGAACCCAAGAAGCUGGAAGAUCUGGAGGAUAACACGGUCCUCGAGAUCAUCACCCAUAGUCUCCAGCGCGACAACCUUGCCCCGGGAGGUCUUUUACUCCGGGAGAAUUUCAGUGCUCUGGAUCGACGGCAUCUGCCAUAUCCGAAAUGGCGCUGCAAUGAAUGUCACUUUGAGUUCGCGACUGCCAAACUGCGCGACCGCCACGAGGCAAGCCACUGGCACACUUCCGGUGGAGAGUCACUAGGCAUGUCGCUCAUGGGGUAUCAAAGUCUUCUAGACCGUGCGUGGCCUUCUUGCCAUGUUCCUGAUUCUGCGCAGGCUAAUGAAAAGGAUAUAGGAAUUCCGGAACCUUCCCGGCAGCUAGUUUUCGAGGAGUUCAUCAACUCGCCCCGAGAAUACAAGCACGAUGGCCUGCCCCCGGCGCCUCAUAUCUAUCCGGUUCCGUAUGUUGGGACCGAGGAGGCAAGCAUCUUGAAGGCAGCCAAGCGAUCAUGA